UGAAGACGUCGAUCGAUGCAGCUGCUCAGUGACCAACAGGUGAAGCCAGCGGAGUGUGUGUGGUUGCACUCAGCAGCUGACAGGAAGUCUGGUUUGAUGUCUGCGUCGGUCCUGUAUCCAUCGUCGUGUGGACGCGUCAGUCUGGUCUGCGGACUCCUCCUCCUGGCCUCCUCACCGCUCCUCACAGCAGGCCGGCUGAGUAACUGCACUCACCCUCUGGUGCCGGAACAUGGAGGUUUCCGCUGUGAUCCGUCGCCGUGUCGAGGUUUCCCCCACAAAACCUCCAUCCACUUCUUCUGUGAGCCGGGGUACCACGUCCUCAACAACAAGGCCCGCGUCUCCAGGUGUCGCCACGGGAGGUGGCAGCCUCCGAUACCGGCCUGCGUCCCCAUCAGAGAGAAUGUGAACUCUGACAACCGAGCGAACGACUCAAUGCCCAGCAUGGCCACGACGGCGGUGGGCGUGUCCAUCUUCCUGCUCACCACCACUGCCUGCCUGGUCGUCAAGUCCCGCCUCUACCCCUGUCAAUCACACAGCAGCCGUCGCUCCUCAGAUCAGCUGGACCUGAUGGUGGACGGACAUCCCGUCUCCCUGCCGUCCUACGAGGAGGCGGUGUACGGCAGCUGGGGGCAGCGCCUCCCCGCCUGCUCGGCGCCUGGCCCCACCCAGCUCCUCUUGGCUCAGGAGGCUCCCGACUCGGACGGCAGCCACCGCCCCCUCCUGUCCAGCCCCGACAACCCCCCGCCCGCCUACGAGGAGGUCCAGUCAUCCCAUCCCAGAGACAGGAUGAGUGACGGGGACGUUCGGCAGCUACAUGUUGCAUUUUCAGAUGACAAAGACACUUGAUUGAAAGACUUCAUGUUGUUUAGCAAAUGAAGGAUUUUAAAUUGUCAGCUGCAGUGUUUGACUCUGCAGGUUAAAAACAAACACAGACUGACAGCAGACUCCUGCACUUUUCCUGGUUGGCUGCAGCUCACCAGCAUCAGGACACAAUCACACGCUAGUUUAGACGAAGCAGAUAAGCUCUGAUUGGCCGGUUGUUAGGUCACAAAGAGGACUAAAGUUCACUUAUACAUGAAAUGUUGAUUGUUGUAUUAAUGUCAGUGACAGAGGAGGGAGUUUAUGUGCUGUCUGGUGAAAACCUUUAUAUCCUGAAUGCCUUGUUUUUAGUGUGAUGAUGUUUAAAUGUUUAAAUAUAAAAAUCAUCACAUAAACUAAAAUGAUGAGGUUUUCACAAGACAGCAGUCAUAUACAAGUGUAAGUGCCUGUGUGUGUAUGUGUUUUCAGCGUUGCCCUGGAGACGUCGUCCAUCCUUUCCCGUCAGUGACGGGGCCGAUCGUGCUGUUGCAGAAACCCUGUGUGUUUCCACGGCAACCGACUCUAUUUUGAUUUCGAUCUGAUUCUAUCUUUUGUACAGCAGCGUUUCUAUUGGUGGAGUUGAAGCCAGCGUGGUGGAAGACAUAUUCAGAUCCUUUACUGAGGUAAAAGUACUAAUACUCCACUACAAGUAGAAAGCCCUGCAUUUAAAACCUUACUUAAGUAAAAUGUACUUAAAGUAAAUAGUGACAGUCUAAAAGCUGUCAGACAA